CGGAGAGAAGCUGAAGACACGUACCCUUGGGGGAUAUGAACAUCCAAACCGCAAGUGAAGCUAUCUGUAAUGAUGUUUGGUAAGGAAAGGUAAUAAGCUUUGGGUUGAAACUCGAGUUAAUACCAUAUGGGAAGCCUAGUAUAAUAAUGAUAAUGUGAUGCUCCACCCCAUAGAAGUUGGUUUAAUUGAGGUAAAGAAAAGUUCCCAUUGACACCAAAGAUGGCACCCCACAACCACUCCACAACUCUUCGCGUUUUCUGCGUCGGAACCCUCGACACCAAGCUCCACGAGCUCCGAUUCCUCUCCGAUUCAAUUCGCUCCGAUCUCCAUCGCUUCUCCUCCUCCUCCUCCUCUAAGGUGGAGGUGGUCGUGGUUGAUGUCUCUACUGGUUCAAAGGCGCCAGAAAGUUUGCAAGAUUUCACGUUUGUUUCGAGAAAUGAUGUUGUGGCUUCCUACAAUAGUGGAUCGAACGAGGCCUUGCUUCUCCCGGACGACAGAGGCAAGGCCGUUGCAUUGAUGAGCCAAGCGUUGGGGCAUUUCUUGAAGAAGUCUCAUGAGGAUCAGUGUCUUGUUGGUGUUGUUGGUGUUGGGGGUAGUGGAGGGACAUCCCUGUUGUCGUCUCCCUUCACAUCUCUCCCAAUUGGGAUCCCCAAGGUCAUUGUGUCGACCGUGGCUAGUGGUCAAACCGAACCUUAUGUUGGGACCUCGGAUUUGGUGUUGUUCCCCUCUGUGGUGGACAUUGCGGGCGUCAACAGGGUUAGCAGUCUCAUCCUGUCCAAUGCUGCUGCUGCUUUUGCUGGGAUGGUUGUUGGAAGGGUUCAGAGUUUGAAGGAUUCUUCUUGUGUUGAAGAUAAGCCUACAGUUGGGAUUACAAUGUUUGGAGUUACUACUCCUUGUGUUAAUGCUGUCCAGGAUAGGUUGCAUGAAGAAGGUUAUGAGACCCUGGUUUUCCAUGCAACUGGGGUUGGUGGCAGGGCAAUGGAGAAUUUAGUUAGAGAGGGGCUUAUACAGGGUGUUUUUGACAUCACAACAUCAGAGGUAGCAGACUACAUAGUUGGAGGUGUAAUGGCUUGUGACAGUUCUCGUUUUGAUGCCAUCAUAGAGAACAAAGUCCCCUUAGUCUUGAGUGUGGGAGCGUUAGACAUGGUGAACUUUGGAGCGAAAGAUACCAUACCACAGAAGUUUCAGCAGAGAAAUGUAUAUGAACACAAUAAACAGGUUUCACUCAUGCGAACAACAGUAGAUGAGAACAGAAAAUUUGCUGAUUUCAUAGCAAAUAAACUGAAGAAUUCAUCAUCUAAGAUUUGUGUUUGCCUUCCUGAAAAGGGUGUGUCUGCUUUAGAUGCACCUGGGAAACCUUUUUAUGAUCCAGAAGCAUCGGGUACUCUUCUCAAUGAAUUACAAAAGCUUAUUCCAACUAAUGAUGAUCGACAGGUAAAGGUGUAUCCUUAUCAUAUUAAUGACCUUGAAUUUGCAAAUGCAAUGGUUGAUGCAUUUUUAGAGAUUAAUGAGAAGACUAGAACAGAUUCUACUCGUCGACCAGUAGCUAGUCCUAAAUCUGUUGAACACUUUCAUGAGGAUCAUAUUUCAAAUGCAUCAAGCUUGGGGACCAUUGUCUAUACACCUAGUGAAUUCCCAGAUGCAAGAAUAGAAACUUUGGAGAAAACACAACUUAUAUUACAGCAACUAAAACAUCAGAUAGAUAAAGGAAUUCCUAUAAUAGGAGCUGGUGCUGGGACAGGUAUAUCUGCCAAGUUUGAAGAAGUUGGAGGGGUUGAUCUAAUAGUAUUGUACAACUCAGGGCGCUUCCGAAUGGCGGGAAGGGGUUCAUUAGCAGGAUUAUUACCUUUUGCUGAUGCGAAUGCUGUUGUUCUCGACAUGGCCAAUGAAGUUUUGCCAGUAGUCAAGAAGGUGCCAGUUCUUGCUGGUGUAUGUGCAACUGAUCCCUUCCGUCGAAUGGGUAACUUCCUUAAACAGGUGGAGUCUACAGGAUUCUCUGGGGUACAAAAUUUUCCAACAGUUGGGUUAUUUGACGGUAAUUUUAGACAAAAUCUAGAAGAAACGGGAAUGGGAUAUAGCUUGGAAGUUGAGAUGAUCCAGAAAGCCCAUAAAAUAGGUCUCUUGACAACCCCAUAUGCAUUCAAUCGAUGUGAAGCCAUUGAAAUGGCUAAAGUUGGGGCUGAUAUUAUAGUCGCCCAUAUGGGUCUAACUACAACAGGCUCCAUAGGUGCAAAAACAGCUGUUUCACUGGAAGAAAGUGUAGUUCGUGUACAAGCUAUUGCAGAUGCAGCGCAUAGCAUCAAUCCCAGUGUCAUCGUGUUGUGCCAUGGAGGUCCAAUAUCUGGUCCAAAAGAAGCAGAAUUUAUAUUGAAGAGAACAAAAGGAGUUCAUGGGUUUUAUGGGGCUUCAAGUAUGGAAAGGCUUCCAGUGGAACAGGCUAUUACAAAUACAAUAAAAGAGUACAAGUCAAUUUCUAUUCACUGAGAUUUAGCAUGUCUGUACUUUAUUCAUACCGGUGUUAUGUACGCUGCAUUGCUAAUAUGGUUGUUUGUAUUUUGUCAUUGUUUAGUACCAACUAAAUUUGUGAACAUUCUAGGAUUUACUGAUAUAAAAGGAACUAAUGGAGCAAAAGUAAUGUUCAAUACAUAUGUUUUGAUCCUCUAAA